GCGGGAAACAGCUUUGCGGGAGCGGGGUCGUGCAGGUCCCUGGGUCGGGCUGCUGGGAGGUUCCGAAAUGGCGGUCCAGCCGAAGGACACGCUGCAGCUGGAAAGCGCGGCCGAGGCCGGCUUCGUGCGCUUCUUCCAGGGCAUGCCGGAGAAGCCGACCACCACAGUGCGCCUCUUUGACCGGGGCGACUUCUACACGGCGCACGGCGAGGACGCGCUGCUGGCCGCCCGGGAGGUGUUCAAGACCCAGGGGGUGGUCAAGUACAUGGGCCCGGCAGGAGCAAAGACUCUGGAGAGUGUUGUGCUUAGUAAAAUGAAUUUUGAAUCUUUUGUAAAAGAUCUUCUUCUAGUUCGUCAGUAUAGAGUUGAAGUUUAUAAGAAUAGAGCUGGAAAUAAGGCUUCUAAGGAGAAUGAUUGGUAUUUGGCAUUUAAGGCCUCGCCCGGUAAUCUUUCUCAAUUUGAAGAGAUUCUCUUUGGAAACAAUGAUACAUCAGCCUCCAUUGGUGUUGUGGGUAUUAAAAUGUCUACGGUCGAUGGCCAAAGGCAGGUUGGAGUUGGGUAUGUUGACACCACACAGAGGAAGUUAGGACUGUGUGAAUUCCCUGAUAAUGACCAGUUCUCCAAUCUGGAGGCUCUGCUGAUUCAGAUUGGACCAAAGGAGUGUGUCUUACCAGGAGGAGAGACUUCAGGAGACAUGGGAAAGCUGAGGCAGGUUAUCCAGAGAGGAGGAAUUCUGAUCACAGAAAGAAAAAGAGCUGACUUUUCCACAAAAGAUAUUUAUCAAGAUCUCAACCGGUUGUUGAAAGGCAAAAAAGGAGAAGAGAUUAACAGUGCUGUCUUGCCAGAGAUGGAGAAUCAGGUUGCAGUUUCAUCAUUGUCUGCAGUGAUCAAGUUUUUAGAUAUCUUAUCAGAUGACUCAAACUUUGGGCAGUUUGAACUGACUACUUUUGAUUUUGGUCAGUACCUGAGAUUGGAUAUUGCAGCAGUCAGAGCUCUUAAUCUUUUCCAGGGUUCUGUAGAAGAUACUUCUGGCUCUCAGUCUCUGGCUGCAUUGCUAAAUAAGUGCAAGACCCCUCAAGGACAAAGACUGGUUAACCAGUGGAUUAAGCAGCCUCUCAUGGACAAAAAUAGAAUAGAAGAGAGAUUAAAUUUGGUGGAAGCUUUUGUUGAAGAUGCAGAGUUGAGGCAGACUUUACAAGAAGAUUUACUUCGUCGAUUCCCAGAUCUUAACCGACUUGCUAAGAAGUUUCAAAGACAAGCAGCAAAUUUACAAGAUUGCUACCGACUCUAUCAGGGUAUAAAUCAACUGCCUAAUGUUAUUCAGGCUCUGGAAAAGUAUGAAGGACAACACCAGGCACUGUUGUUGGCAAUUUUUGUGACUCCUUUUAUUGAUCUUCGUUCUGAUUUCUCCAAGUUCCAAGAGAUGAUUGAAACAACUUUAGAUAUGGAACAGGUGGAAAACCAUGAGUUCCUUGUAAAACCUUCAUUUGAUCCUAAUCUGAGUGAAUUAAGAGAACUAAUGGAUGACUUGGAAAAGAAGAUGCAGUCAACCUUAGUAAGUGCGGCUAGAGAUCUAGGCUUGGAUCCUGGUAAACAGAUUAAACUUGAUUCCAGUGCACAGUUUGGGUAUUACUUUCGUGUAACCUGCAAGGAAGAAAAAGUUCUUCGAAACAAUAAAAACUUCAGUACAGUAGACAUUCAGAAGAAUGGUGUUAAAUUUACCAACAGUAAAUUGACUUCUCUCAAUGAAGAGUAUACCAAAAAUAAAUCGGAGUAUGAGGAAGCCCAGAAUGCCAUUGUUAAAGAAAUUGUCAAUAUUUCUUCAGGCUAUGUCGAACCAAUGCAAACACUCAAUGACGUGUUGGCUCAGCUAGAUGCUGUUGUCAGCUUUGCUCAUGUGUCAAACGCAGCGCCAGUCCCAUAUGUACGACCAGUCAUCUUGGAGAAAGGAAAAGGAAAGAUAACAUUGAAAGCAUCCAGACAUGCUUGUGUUGAAGUUCAAGAUGAAGUUGCCUUCAUUCCUAAUGAUGUUCAUUUUGAAAAAGGCAAACAGAUGUUCCACAUCAUUACUGGCCCCAACAUGGGAGGUAAAUCAACCUAUAUCCGCCAAACUGGGGUGAUAGUUCUCAUGGCCCAAAUUGGGUGUUUUGUGCCCUGCGAGUCAGCAGAAGUAUCCAUUGUGGACUGCAUCCUGGCCCGGGUCGGGGCUGGUGACAGUCAGUUGAAAGGAGUCUCCACAUUCAUGGCUGAAAUGUUAGAAACGGCUGCUAUUCUCAGAUCUGCAACCAAAGAUUCUUUAAUAAUCAUAGAUGAGUUAGGAAGAGGAACCUCUACAUAUGAUGGAUUUGGAUUAGCAUGGGCAAUAUCAGAGUACAUUGCAACCAAGAUCGGUGCUUUCUGCAUGUUUGCAACUCAUUUUCACGAACUUACUGCCUUGGCUAAUCAGAUACCAACUGUUAAUAAUCUGCACGUCACAGCACUGACCACUGAGGAGACCUUGACCAUGCUUUAUCAGGUGAAGAAAGGUAUCUGUGAUCAAAGUUUUGGGAUUCAUGUUGCAGAGCUUGCUAAUUUCCCUCGGCAUGUGAUAGAAUGUGCUAAACAAAAAGCCCUGGAACUAGAGGAGUUUCAGAACUUCGGAGAAUCACAAUAUGAUGAAAUGGAACCAGCAGCUAAGAGGUGCUAUCUGGAGAGAGAGGAAGGUGAAAAAAUUAUCCAAGAGUUUCUGUCUAAGGUGAAACAAAUGCCAUUUACUGAAAUGUCGAAGGAAAACAUUGCAGUAAAGUUAAAACAACUGAAAGCUGAGGUGGCUGCAAAGAACAAUAGUUUUGUGAAUGAAAUCAUUUCACGAAUAAAGGUUUCUACGUGAGAAUGCUGAAGAUAAUGCUGAUGAACUAUUGUCUAAUGCUUUUCUAAAAUUGUUUUUUAUUAACCUUUUUCCUAGUGUUGGCAAUAGAUGCCCAAGAGAGCCACUUAAUAAAAUAUUUAGUAAUACUUUGCUCUACCUGAGUACAUUUUUAAAGAUCUUUAUUUUGAAAUAGAAGAACUGUAACUGAGGAAUACUUAAAUGGAUAUGGGCAACAGUAAGUAAUAAAAUCAUGUAGCUUGUGACAUUUGGUUAAUUUGGUUUGCAUUUAUUUAUAAAAGGUCUUGUAUAUGUCUUUAUUAAACAGUAUGGAAGAAUGAAGUGGGGCCGAGACUUUGUAAAGAUAGUGUCUUAAAGCUAGAAGGAGCCAUGGAAAUCGCCCCCAGUGGUUCCCCAGAGUGCCUCUCUGCCAACAACAGCCAGGUUGGCUGCAUGUGUAUUAGUCCAAGAACUUGCUGUAAAUCCAGUGUCUGGCAUCACCCUCUACCUUGUUUACCAUUCACCCACCCCAGUGA